CUACUUAAACCCAUUUCCCGUUCUCGUAUAUCUAUUGAUAUCUCGCUAGGGUUUUAGAAAAAGUCUCAGAAGUGUACACAGCAAUGGCUUUCUUUGGUAGACUUGGGAAUUUGUUAAGACAGACCGCUAGCAGACAGGUUAGUUCAGAGUUGCGGUCGUCCCCUUCCUUAUUCCAGGCCAUACGCUGUCUGUCUUCUGCUCCAAGCUCCAAGCUGUUUAUAGGAGGUGUUUCGUUUUCCACCGAUGAGCAAAGCUUGAGGGAAGCUUUUUCAAAAUAUGGUGAAGUUGUUGAUGCAAGGAUAAUUAUGGAUCGUGAAACUGGAAGAUCCAGGGGGUUUGGAUUUGUUACAUACACGUCUGUUGAGGAGGCAUCGAGUGCUAUUCAGGCCUUGGAUGGUCAGGACCUUCAUGGUCGCCAGAUUAGGGUAAAUUAUGCUAAUGAAAGAUCACGAGGUGGUGGCUAUGGCGGUGGAUAUGGUGGCGGAUUUGGCGCUGGAGGUGGUGGUGGCUAUGGAGGAGGUGCAUAUGGUGGUGGUGGCUAUGGUGGAAAUGUUGCUGGUGGUUAUGGUGGUGGCGGCUAUGGUGGAAAUACUGGAGGUGGUUAUGGCGGUGGUAGCUAUGGUGGAAAUGCUGGUGGUGGCAGCUAUGGUGCUGGUGGCUAUGGGUCAGGUGGCAAUUUUGGGGACAGUGGCUCUGGCAAUAACUAUCCUGCUGACAGCGGUGCUGGUGGCAGCUACAGUGGGAAUUUUGGUGAUGCUGGUGGAAUAGGAAAUCAUGGAAGCUCUGCUGGUUUUGGCAGUAGCGGAUAUGAUGGAAGUGCUGUGGAUGGUAGCGGGGCAAGUACUGGAAACAGCUUUGCUGAUGGAAGUGGAGGAUUAGGCAGUGGUCAAUUUGAUAGCAAAGCAAGCAGCAAUGGAGAUGAGGAUUUUGGAGAUUACAGGGAUGACGCUGACGAUACUGAUAAUUUUGCCAAAAGGGCUUGAUGGAAUUUUAUGGAUUAUGGCACAGCUGGACAUGGCUGGGAAGGAUGUAAUGUAGGAUAAUUUUCAGCUUGUUUCUUCCCCUAUUUUCGUAAAGAUUCAGCUAUCUCAUUUUUGUUGCUUACAUUGAGGUGAUUUUAUUAUUAACCAAAACGAUAUCCUCAUACAACAUGUAAAUCUAUGAAUUGUCGCUAGUUGCAACAAUAAUCAAAGACUUGUGUGAGAAUUUUAUGAUCA